AUGAUCAGAAAUCAAACAAAAAUUGCUGAAUUUGUCCUUCUGGGAUUUGGGGAAUACAGUAAAACACAGUCACUUCUUUUCCUGAUUUUCCUAGUAAUUUAUGCUGUAUCUGUAACUGGAAACACUCUCAUUGUGGCAUUAGUUAUCUUUGAUCGCCACCUUCAUACACCCAUGUACUUCUUCCUGGGGAACCUUUCCUUCUUGGAGGUUUUCUACAGCUCCAAUAUAUUUCCAAGGUUGCUUCUUGCUCUUCUUAUUGGAAACAACAUUAUUUCAUUAAGCAGCUGUUUCACACAGUGGUAUCUCUUUGGUUCCUUAGAGGCUACAGAAUGUUGCUUACUGUGUGCAAUGUCUUAUGACCGAUAUCUAGCUAUCUGUAAACCACUGCACUAUGCAACAAUUAUGAAAGCCCGAACUUGUAUCCAAUUAGUUGCUGCAUCUUGGGUCAGUGGAUUUAUAACUAUUGUGACAUUAUUUCAUCUCAUGUUACAACUAACGUUUUGUAGCUCAAAUGAAAUGGAUCACUAUUUUUGUGACUACUUCUCAGUUCUUAAUCUCUCUUGCACUGAUACUAGCUUGAUAGAAAUCAUGGGUUUUAUUGUGGCUGUCCUAUUCACAGUUCCACCCUUUCUCUUAACUCUGAUCUCUUACAUAUAUAUCAUAGCUGCUAUAUUGAAAAUUUCUUCCACUACUGGAAGACAGAAGGCUUUUUCUACCUGUUCCUCUCACUUGGUUGUGGUUUCCAUUUUUUAUGGUUCACUCAUGAUUGUGUAUAUGCUACCAAAGAAUGAUGUCAAUAGAAAAAUGGAAAAAAUAUCCUCUCUGUUAUACACAGUUUUGCCCCCUCUCACCAAUCCUUUCAUAUACAGCUUAAGGAAUAAGGAAGUCAAAGAUGCACUGAGAAAUAACAUUAGAAAACUUGUGCAGUGUAGAGUAAAGUCUCCAAAGCUAAUUAAUAUAAUAAAGAUAUAA